AUGGCUUACUCAUAUCUGCUCUCUCUUGGUCUUUGUGUUCUUGUUCUUCUUCACAGCUCUGUAGCACAGAUAGAGCAGGUAACUUCACGCCCCAGCGGACAAGAGAAGUCGCAGCGGCAACAAAGAUGGCAAAGGGAUGAGUGCCAGCUCAACCGCAUUAAUGCUGUUGAGCCUUCUCGCAGGUUCCAAUCAGAAGCUGGUCUGACUGAAAUCUGGGAUGAGAACGACCAACAGUUCCAAUGCGUUGGUGUUGUAGCUAUGCGCCAUACUAUUCAGCAGAAAGGCCUUUUGUUACCACAAUACGUCAAUGGACCUAAGCUCAUCUAUGUCGUCCGAGGUAGAGGAAUUCAGGGAGCUGUAAUCCCCGGUUGUCCUGAGACAUACCAGUCACCAUCACAGUCGCAAUUUACUGCCGGUGCAGCACAUGAGAGUCAGAGAGACCAGCAUCAGAAGGUCCGUCAAAUCCGAGAGGGUGAUGUCAUCGCAUUGCCUGCCGGAGUAGCUCAAUGGAUUUAUAACAAUGGCCGAUCCCCUCUUGUUCUUGUCCAAAUCAUCGACACCAGCAAUCCUGCCAACCAACUUGAUCAGAAUCACAGAGACUUUUUCCUUGCUGGUAACCCUCAACGAGAAGUACAGAGCCAAAGAGGUGAACGUUCCCUAAGAAGCCAGAGAGAAAGAGGGCCAGGCAGCAGAGGAAGCCAGACAGAUAGAUCUGGAAAUGUCUUCAGAGGCAUCGAUGAGCGAAUGAUAGCCGAAGCUUUCAAUAUCAACACUGACCUUGCAAGAAAGAUGAGAGGUGAAAAUGAUAACAGAGGCAUUAUUGUGAGUGUGGUGGAUGAUCUUGAGAUGCUAAUCCCGCGAAGAAGCCAAGAAGAAGAACGACAAGAACAAGAAGCAGAAGCACAGCGACAAUUAGAGAGGAGCCAUGGAGGUAGAACUAGAACUAAUGGUGUAGAAGAAACAUUUUGCACAGCCAGGCUGAGACAUAACAUCAACAAUCCAUCAGAAAGUGAUAUCUUCAACCCACGCGGCGGCCGUGUCAAAAAUAUCAAUAGUCAUGACCUCCCCAUCCUCAGAUCCCUCAGACUCAGUAUUCAGAAAGCUGUUCUCUAUAGUAACGCGAUAAUGACACCACACUGGAACAUCAAUGCCCAUAGCAUACGAUACUUUACCAGAGGAAGCGGUCGUGUUCAGAUUGUGAAUGAAAAUGGAAAUUCAGUGUUUGACGGACAGGUUAAAAGGGAUCAAAUGUUGACAGUUCCACAGAAUUUUGUCGUAAUUACAAAGGCAAACAGUGAAGGUUUAGAAUGGGUAUCAUUCAAGACUAAUGACAGAGCUAAAAUCAGCCAACUCGCAGGACGAGUCUCUGCAAUCAGGUCUAUGCCAGAGGAAGUAUUAGCAAAUGCAUUCCAGGUCUCCAUUGAUGAUGCCAGGAGGCUUAAGGACAACAGACAGGAAAUCACAGUGCUUAGUCCUGGAUCUAGGUCACGACAAUAAACGAAUGAUCUAAUUACGGUGCGAUUUUGCAAUAAAGUAGAAUAACAAGUGGCUAUGUAGUCAUUAGAACAAAAAUAAAGCCCAAGUGGGAGUGGACAAGUAUACAGUUCUUGUAAGCUUGUACUAUUUUGCACACAAGAAUGAAAGUUUAUCAAGCUUCAUGCUGAAAAAUUUCAAUAAGCAGUGUUUACUUUUA